CUUCAAGAUUGAACCACUCGUACUGCCAUCCAGCGGCUCUUGCUGAUGGAUAUUGAAAUCUCCCACACCAGAGUACACACAUCUGCAACCUCACCAACCAAAAGUGCUUCCUCCAUGAGGUGCUCAACAUGGAACAGCACUGUCUUAUUCCUGAUGAAGGGCUUUUGCCCAAAACGUCGACUUUCCCUGCUCCUCGGAUGCUGCCUGACCUGCCGUGCUUUUCCAGCACCACUCUGAUCUAAACUCUGAUUUCCAGCAUCUGCACACCUCAUUUUUGUCUUAUCAGCCAAUGGACGACGGUAGGGGUGGUAAUCACUAGGACGUUUCCAGACCUAUGUUUAACCUGAAGCCAAGAUCCAGAGUCAAUGCUGAGAAUUCCAAGCCUCUCUGUUCAGUCCCUGAUACACCCACAACACCCGCCUUCUGUCUCCAAGACUUCCCAUUGGUUGGAGGACCCAGUGCUGCCAGGUCCUCCAGCAUUCUCUAUUGGUUGGAGGACCCAUCGUGCCCUGAGACCUCCAAGCUUUCCUAUUGGUCGCCGCGCUCGUCAAUCAUCGCCGCGGUCGCCAUUACUGUCCCGGUCGCGGCUGCGGGAAGGGGAGUGGAGGCUCUGUGGACUAUGGAAGAUUUCACUGCUCACAUCCAGCAUUUCCCUUUUCAGUCUCAGGAUUUGCAUUGUCGUCAGUGUUACUCUGCUUUUAUCCUGGACCCGGAAGCCUUUCUUUUUUUCAGUUCAAGUUGGUGAGGAAGGCCAAACGUGGUGGUGGGGGGGCAGUGUCACGUCACAGGGAACGGGAGGAAGUCACUCACUCCCAACACGUCAAGCGUACUGCACCUUGGAUAGGUCGGCUGGCUUCAUCAGGAUCUUGAAUGCUGUUGUUGACCUUGCUGAUGGAAGGAGAAAGCAGUGAUCGUAUUGUGGACCAGGCAAAGACGCUCUCUGCAUAUGGACUGUCCUUCAGCUGUAUCCCCGUCUCAGGGAAUCAUGUGGAUUGUUACAAUGGAGAGGCCCGUAGUGAAAUUGGAAGUGAUGGGAAGAGCUGCAGUUCCCUGCCAUCUUUGGGAGUUCAUCAGCACAGUCCGACCAAGAGCAGCCCAUUCACCUGCUCCGUAUGUGGAAAGGUAUUUGCUUAUCUGUCCCAUUUGCAGGCACACCAACUCGUUCACUCAGAGGAAAGACCAUUUCAGUGUUCCGACUGCAGGAAGACCUUUAAAAGCUCCCGGGAUCUGAUGAGGCAUAAGAUGGCUCACACAGAGGAGAGGCCAUUUCAAUGUUCUGACUGUGGCAAGUGUUUUAAAAGCUUCCAGGAGCUGCGGCGACACCGGCACCUGCACAGUGGGCUGAGGCCGUUCACUUGCUCCGUGUGUGGGAAAGCAUUCGCUCGGUCCUUCAACCUGCUGGCACACCAGAGAGUUCACACUGGGGAGAAGCCGUUCAUCUGCUCCAUUUGUGGGAAGGGCUACAGUCGGCUAACCCACCUGGUGAAACAUAAGCAAAUCCACAGUGAAGAGAGACCUCUUAGAUGCUCUGACUGUGGGAUGAGCUUUAAUAGCUCCCAGAAGUUGAAGGGGCACCAGCGUGAGCACACCGGAGAACAGACAUUCAUCUGCUCUGUGUGCGGGAAGGGGUUCACACGAUCAUCCGCUCUGCUAACACACCAGCGAGUUCACCUGGAUGAGAGACCCUUUAAGUGUUCCGAAUGUGGGGAGACGUUCAGAACCUUCAAGUGUUUGAAAAGGCACCAACAUAGUCACACAGGCAAAAGCCCGUUCACAUGCCCCGAGUGUGGGAAGGGUUUUGCUCAGUCAACCCCUCUGAUGAUACACCAGCGAGUUCACACCGGGGAGAGGCCAUUCACCUGCUCUGUGUGCGGGAAGGGAUUCACGCAGUCGUCCAACCUGCGGACACACCAGCGGGUCCACACUGGGGAGAAGCCGUUCAGCUGCUCUGAGUGCGGGAAGGUGUUUGCUCGGUCGUCUAACCUGCUGAUGCACCAACGGGUUCACACCGCCGAAAGACCAUUCAAAUGCCCGGACUGUGGGAAGGGCUUUAAAAGGCAGUGGCUGUUGGUGACACACCAGCGGGUUCACUCGGGUGAGAGGCCAUUCAUUUGCACCCUGUGUGGGAAAGGCUUCGCUCAGUCAUCGACGCUGCAGAGCCACCGGCGUGUUCACAUGACUACGCCAUUCAAGUGCUCUGACUGUGGCAAGAGCUUUAAAAGAGCCAGAAACCUGCUAAAGCACCAGUCAUCUCACACUGCGCACAGACCAAUGUCUGGAAUGAAGUGAAGGCUUUCAAAAUCGUGUGCUGCUGCUUAAACUGCCGUGCUGAUGAUUUCCUUUAUUUGAUCCUUGCUUGUUAAUCAAUGAAGUAGUUCAAAUAUAAAACAUUGAAAGAGGAGGUUUGACCCAACUGAAUUAGAGUCCUAAGUGGUCUCCAGUACAGAAGAAGGCCCUUCAGUCUAUCGAGUCUGCACCAGUCAAAAGCAAGCGCCUAACUGUUUGGAUCCUUUUGUUCAGCACUUGGCCCGUCGUCUUGUCUGCCUUGGCUUUGCAAGUGUACAUCUAAAUAGUUCUUCAAAUGUUUCUGCCUCUCCCACCCUUUACAGGCACUGAGUUCAAGAUUCCUACCAACCUCUGGGUGAAAAUCACAAGAGCAUCGCUCUGAAAGCUAGAGUGCUUCCAAUUAAACC